CCCCACCUCCCAUUGGCCGACCCAAACCAGCCCCAUAAAUAACUAAAAGAGAAUUUGUUAAUGCAAUUACAAUGUAAAAUGUUAAACUGGGUAAAAGUAAUAUAAAACGUCUCUGGAAAUUGUUAUAGGUGAACAGUUCCACUAUAGAGCACAUACAAAUGUACUAUGCAAUUUAAAUGUUUUUCCUGGGCCCUAUUAAAGGGAAUACAGUUUUGUAUCCCAUCAAAGUAAUGGCAACGACAACUUUGGGUUAUUAAAGCCUAUUACAACAGCUUUCGAAAUUAUAUAAAAGCAGUAUGGAAACAUUUCACUUCGAAGUGACCUUUUUAUGUAAAAAAUAUCAGUUUUAAUGCCCCAAAGAUUGAAUCUGAGAAGUGUAUCAUAAUGCUUCACAAAAUGUGUAUCCUGCGUCCCAGAUUAAAUAGGAGAUCUUAGGAAAACUUUUAAGUUAAGGUGUGCCCUCGCUUACAAACUCCAGGAUCCACUGUAUUGUUAUUUAUGUAGGGAAGCAAUUAAAUGUUUCUGGUUAAUGUGUUUUGGAAACGAAAGCCACAUUUUUUACUGGGCCCUAACCCGAAGAAUACACCGGUGUUAUUGGCUUUUCCAUGCAUAGAACGUGUGGAUCAACACAUGGAUCAACAUGUCCAAGGUGUGCCAAAGUUCUUGGGAACGAAUUACACCCGAGGAAUAAGCCCGUUAUUUUUUUUAAGGGUAAAAUCAAAAUCAAUACUGUGUUCCAUCGUAUGAGUGUUAUUUCUUAUUAAUUUACAUGUUCUUCGAGUUCAUAAACUGGUUUACCUGCGAGAAAAUGUGUACAAUCUUGGUUAAAAAGUAUGAAAAGCUAUAUAUAAAAGCUUGUACCCUGUAGGUGAGCCCUCGGGUCUCAAUUAUAAUGUUCAGGGACGUCACAAUUGUAUAAACUGCGAAUGAAGGGGGGGGGGGUUCUGUACAUCUUAAUUAACAUAAGUGAUGAGACUGAAAAAUCAGAGUGACUCAAGCUGCACUACGGCGUCAUCUAAAAGACGGGGUUCGAACUUCCAUUUCUUGGUUUUGCAGCCCCCUUCCCACAAUUGAGUACAUGUGCACAAUAGUGUCUUUAUCGUUGCCUUCACAAAGGUUGAAUUACAUUCCAGAGUUAAAAGUUGACUGUAUAAAUUAUUAUUGAAGUUGGUGCACAAUAUGCUCUUUGAUGUUUUGUAUUCACUUAUUACAUUACUAUAAGUCCAUUGUAUGUGCUACUUUUACAAUAUUGACUUGUGACUUGUGCGAUGUGUACAAAGAAGUAACCCACUUGUGGUAUAACGUAAUCACUGAUUUACAGUGUGUAUAGACAAGUCAGUAUGGCCAAUCUUUUCGAGACGACACGACAUACUCUAACCUAUAGAAUAACGUGUAUAGUUCUGAGCACUUGAAAGAUUUCCAGCGAAGACAUGGAGGAUAUAUUAGCUCUGCGUAUAUACAAGACUUUUGUAGGGAUUCUAGGCAUUUUGGGGAAUAGCCUUGUUUGUCUUGUCAUCUUCAAAGUACGAUCAAUGAAAACUCGUACGAACGCCUUCAUCUUUCACCAAGCAGUGAUUGAUUUAUUGGGCUCUACAAUGGUUCUCUUGAAGAGCGAAGUUCCUUUGCCCAGUCCGCUUCCCGAUGACGCCCUAGGCUGGUUUCUAUGCCAUGUCUGGUUCUCUAACCUCGUCUUGUUUUACUUCUUCGUCAUUUCAACUUUUAACCUGUUGGUGUUGACCAUGGAGCGGUACUUUGCAAUCGUGUACCCUUUCAAGUAUCUGGCGGUAUUCAUGAAGUAUCCUUGCCUGAAAGUUGGGGUCAUCAUGGCGAUUUGUUGGGUCAUCGCUGCCGCUAUGAAGUCCUAUCUAAUGCUUAUCUUCAUCUUACAAGAUGGCGAAUGCCUUUCCGUUCCAGGAUCAAGGGCUGUAGGGAUCCUUACUGCCUUCUUCGAGUAUGUCAUCCCAGUUGUUGUGAUGCUCUUCGCUUACAUUCGCAUCAGUGUGGAGAUGAAGCGGGGAGCAGCCCAGCAUCUCCCCGGUGGAGCAAACGCACCGGACAUGGCCGAGUCACUCCUCCGUGCAAGACGUAGCACCUUUAAGAUGCUUCUGAUCGUCUUCGUCACAUUCUUGAUCUGCUGGACGCCAAACGAACUGAUCUUCUUCAUGUUUAAUGUUGGCUGGCUGGAUUUGGAGUUCAACGAGUGGUAUUACUUGCUGUCUGUUGCAAUGGUAGCAACCAACUGCUGCGCCAAUCCAGUGAUCUACGCGUUCAAAUACCGUCAGUUUCGCUCCGGUUUAAAGGAACUGUUCUGUCUUUGUAGAAAAAGUCGUCCCAACCUUGACAGCUCAUAUAUCGCUACUGGUGGGUACCCAACACAGCUUCAAGAAGACAUACAAACUACCUAAAUAAUA